AUGUCCUUGAAUAUAAGGAAAAGUUUGAAAGGUGGUUACAAACCCGAGCGGAAAAACGUCAAAGCCAAGUUAAGGCAAUAUGGCCCUCAUGACAACAGAACGCCACAUAACGAAGACAAAUACGAAGGUAAUAUUGUAAAUUCAUGUAAGCAUGGAGACCCUUCAAAUAUGUCAAAUCCAAACUUUAUAGAAAAAAUGGACUCAUUCGUUAAAAAACUACGAAAGCCCAAUAUGGAUAUUAAGCCAUUUGAUGGUAACUCUCUUGAAUUCAAUAGAUUUUUCAGACAGUUUCGUUCAAAGGUGCUGAAUUAUUGCACUUCCUAUGAUGAACGUUUUAACUACUUAGAACAGUUUACCUCAGGGGAAGCAAAAGAAAGAAUACAGGAAUUUAUGAGCAUGAAUCCAGAACAGGGGUAUAAAGCAGCCAUGAAAGAACUUGAGGAUUGUUAUGGGAAUAAUGAUGCUGUAGCCCAGGCUUAUAUCAAGAAGGCUCUAGAUUGGCCAGUAAUAGAGGAAAUGAUAUGUAAGUAUGAUACACUAAGUAUGGAUUCAGUUAAAACUCUAGAAAACCAAGAUAACAUGAGAAAACUUGUUACGAAAUUGCCAUACAACAUGCAGGAAAAGUGGCGAACAAUUAUCUGCGAGAAGGGCAAGGUAUCCAAGCCUAUAGUAUUUUCAGACUUAGCAGACUUUAUUAAAAGGGAAGCCAAGAAAGCCAAGCAUCCCGUCUUUGGUAGGGAUAUAUUAGCUGAAGAGCUGGUCAUAAUAGCUCUGUGUUUCAAGAAAGAAAUUUGUCUUCAGUGCAAUAAAGAACAUCCCACAAUAAUGCAUAUAGAGAGAAUGUUUAACAAGGCUAAACAGAAUACAUCACAGGAUGGAAUUAAAAUUCCAAGGGCUGAAUUAGAGAAAUCAAAAUGUGAAAAUAUGAUGUUACAAAAGAAGUCUGAACAACAUGAAGCUCAAAACCCCAAGGAAGUUAUAAACAUAAAUGCAGAAUCUUGCCAUGCAUUGUCAAAGGAUAGGGACAAAAUAGCCACAUUAGCAAUCAUACCAGUAAAGGUUAAAAGGAAGAAUAGUCACAAAACCAUACAGACACUAGCAUUUUUAGAUCUAGGUGCAACUACAACCAUCUGCUCAGAGAAACUAAUGCAUGAACUAGAAUGUAAGGGGAAAAGGGUGCCAUACAACUUCGAAACCCUUACCGGGAAAAGGAAAGUAAGCUCGAUGGUACUGAAGGAUUUCCAAAUUAGUGCCUUGACAGGAAAUUAUUUGGUGGAUUUAUCAAAUGUUCAUUCUCAGGAUAAAAUAAAUAUCUGCAAAGGGUUUAUGCCUUCAAAGGAAGAUGUUGAGAAAUGGCCACAUUUAAGAAAUCUAGAGAUUCCACAAUUUGAUGGAGAAGUAGGUCUAUUAAUUGGAAACAAUAACCUAGAAGCAUAUAGACCAGUAGAAAUUAUAUCAGGAGAAGAAUAUUGCCUGAUUGCUGCCAAAACAAGGAAAGAUGGUCACUAUGAGAUGGAGUUGCCAUUCUAUGAUGAAAGAUCCCUAAUAACUAGAAUUAUGCUAAACUAA